CAUCGUGAUGCACUCAAAACAUUUUUCGAAUGCGUCCAUAGAAACAUCCAAAAUAUGGAAUUUUAUUGAUUGAAAAUUACAUACUAUUAUAUUUAAGAGAUUUACCGUAAAAAAAUAAUAAUGGCAGUGAAAUGUUCGUUAUUAUAUCAUUGACUAUGGCACCAAAAAGUGAAAUUUAGCAUGAAGUUAGGUAAUAGUGCAUCAUGACACACCAUCAAAACAAAGUCUAAAUAUAGCACACGCCAAACGUGAGGUGACUUGUAAAUAUUUCAUAACAACUCCUGGGUUAGCUAUUACUUAAAACUCUCUGAAUUGUUUACAAAAACGAGCGAUGCACUAAAGAUGGAAACUUGUGUUGAAAUAUCACGUCAGAUCGCUUCUUUGGAAUCGGAGAAAAACAAUGUUUACAAGAAAUCUUUUACAGAUGCUUUGAGAGAAAAAUACGGCAGUGGCGAUAAAGACUGUAAUUACAUUGUUGAUGGUGUCUUUAUCAACCUUGUUGUAGGCAGGUCGCCUUCCAAGAACGGUUCCGACGCCGAGUUUGCCCACCUUCGUAAUGUGGUCUUAAGCCAAUAUGAAAUCGACUAUGCUGGGAUACCCAUCAGAGGUUUGAGUGCCCUUUGUCCUAAUGUUAUUGACCUUGACUUGUCUAGCAAUUUGCUAUCAUGCUGGUCGGAGAUACUACCUCUUAUUGCACAACUACCUUGUUUAAAGUUUGUCAAUCUCAGCCACAACAAGAUAAACAAUCACAAUCAUUAUAUUCAAAACUGGCGAGCCAGGUUACCUAAUUUAGAAAAUCUAGUGUUGAACUCCACCAAUGUAAAAUGGGAAGAUGUCGUCCAGUUGUGUGGACACCUACCUGCGCUGAAAGAUCUACAUUUAUGUCAAAAUGGUUAUACGGUAUUGGAUUGUACGCAUCUGGAUAAAAUACAGCGGGUACAAUCUAUAUGGAUGAAUGAUAACUAUAUAAACAGUUGGUUUGAGAUCUGGAAGUUGCGCUAUCUGCCAAAUUUGAAAUCUCUUGUUUUAUCAGGAAAUCCUGUGGAUGAAUUGUUUUAUCAUUUUGAACAAUUAGAAGAAACUAGUUAUUCCUUUGAAACUCCUGAGAAGCAGGAGGUAUUCUCUGAAGCAAGUUCUCCGCAUGAAACCAAAUUGAAAUCUUCCAGUGUUCGUAGAAAACUUCUCAUGGACAAUUCUGUAUCUUGUGGGCAGUAUCUUGGUGUAUUUAAUGAUAUUACUGAGAAGUGUCAUUCUAGAUCCCAGAAUGAAGAAUUCACAGUUAUCAGCUGCAAAACCUGGUCAGAUUCUGACAGUCUUCAGGAUGCGGAAAUGAAACAAGACUGUGAAGAAAGUCAGAUGGAAUCUGAGCCUAUUGAUAUCAACUACAAAAAUGUGAUUUAUUCUGAUUCAAGCAAUGGUUCUUCCAAACAGGAGAUUGAAGAAACAUUAGAUGCCUCCAGUUGUGACAGUCCACGGUUCAAUGAUUCUGGUUGUGGUAGCAGUAUUUCUUCCAGUUUUAUUAUAAAUGAAGAGGACUAUUUAUGUGACCAAAAAGUAUUAGGAAGACCCUUUGAGAAAUUACACACUUUGUGUCUUAGUAAAACAUCAGUUAGUGGAUGGGAUCAAGUAGCGCAACUUAGAAAAUUUCCUGCAUUAAAAUCUGUUCGCUUGAUGGAUAUUCCAUUUUUAUUGGACAUUUCAUCUGAAGAACGAAGAAAACUUUACAUUGCCAGUUUGCCAAAUAUUUCAUGCCUCAAUGGCAGUGAAGUGACCUUAACAGAAAAAGAAAAAGCUGAACGACAAUUUUUGCGAUAUUAUUGUGAAAAGAUUGAUAAACCUGUUUGGUUUUGUGAACUGGAAGCUAAGCAUGGGAAAUUGAAGCCACUGGUAGAUAUUGACCUUGGUGCCCGUUAUCAAAGAUGGGCCAACAUCAUUUUCAUCUACAAUGGUUUAGAAAUCUUCUCUGAAAGACUUCACGUUGUCCAGUCUGUUGGUAAAUUACGCAAACACAUUGCCAAAUGUCUUUCACUAUCACUGAAUGGCUUCAAGAUGUACCAUUUUCCAUGCAGUCCAGAACAUGGAGAUUCUGAAAUGUCUGAACUCCAAGAACUACGCUUAGACUCCCUGCCUCUCAGCCGCUUUGAUAUCCUUGACCAAGAUGAAAUCCACAUACAUGACAAUUCUUUCCUGUGCUUAAGUGUUUAAGCUGAUGUCUUCCUAAAAGCUUCUUUUUUUUUUUUUGAACCAACAUCUCUAACUUAAUAUAUAUUUCAAUACUGCUAAGCAAAAAUAAGGAAAGAAAGACUUUAUGAAAACUUAGUUUAGCAAUAAGCAUUUUCAAUAAGCUAGUAAACUUCAUUAGCUAAGUGAAAAAUAUUAAAACUUAAAUUUAGAAAUUAAGAGGUUUGAUAUAUUUUCAUUUGAUGUUUUUUUUCUCUCUAAAUUUUUUACCAUUUAGGAUUCCAGUUUUCCUUGUAAAAAAUCUAGUACAAAAUAUUCCUAAGAGAAUGGAACUUAAAAUCUUGUGGUUUUAUCUCCGGAUGUAUUUUGUAAAUGAAAAAAAAUGCUUUGUACAUGUAUCCAGCUUUACAGGAAAAUGUCAACUGCCAAAUAGCAGAUAUGGUCGUUGUGGUGACUGUUUUAAAAUCAUCUUUUUAUACAUCCAUUUAACCCAGUACAACAUUGAGAAAUUUUCAGAUAUGUCUCCCACCCAUCUACAUUCAUUAAUUCUAAAUGUUUAAAAUCUUCGUUUUUGUUAAUCAUUAUAUUUAAGAAACAUUUCUUUGUUUUUACUUGUUCUUUUGGGGGAUUAUUAUUAAUAUUUUUCCAUUUACAGAUAUUUGUGCGUAGAAAUAUUUUCUAUUUCUUUGCUUAAAUAGACAUUAAUUUAUUUUUCAUAAUCAGUGGUUCAGCUGUUAAGUGAUUACAUUUUCUAGAAUGUAGUAUGAGCAUUAAUAGAGUGCAACUUAAGUGUGAAUGUGUGUGUGUGUGUGUGUGUGUGUGUGUGCGUGAUAUGUCAUUCACACACACACACACACACAUACAUAUUUAUUAGUCCAAGUUUAGCCAUAUAUUUUUUCCAUACCUGCCAUUUCUGAAGAUCAUGUGGAUGUUUCUUAACUCUGUAUUGUUAGCUGAUAUCCAGUUAUUUAAUAUUCAGUACCAAACUGAUUGGUGGCAUCAGUUGAAAUGGAUCUAUAAUACUCUAUGCUUUGAUCAAUAUAUGUACAUAC